AUGGAACCAGUCCAAGAAGGGGAGGAUACACAAUUUGCUGAAGUAUGUUACAUGAGCAAUGGGCAAGGAGGUUACAACAAAGGAUACUAUAAUUACAAGUCCAACCCAGCCAUGUCAUACAGAAACACUGAUGUUGCCAACCCUCAGGACCAGGUUUACCCUCAACAACAGCAAGCUCGAUCGAGUCAAGCUCCACAACAUGGGUAUGGUCCUAAAAACAACUACCAAGGCCCUCAAGGGACUUUUCCUGGUCAGCAAAUGCACAUACCACCUGGCUUUCCCCACCAACCACCCCAGCCUGCACCUACACCUGAGCAUGAGCUCAAAGCUAUGCUGAAACAAUUGCUUCAAGGUCAAGCUGAUGGUGUGUGGAGACAAGCAAGAAGUUGCUGA